AAUGAGUCGACAAAUAUAUGUUGGCAGAUUGGGAUAAAAAAUAACAAGAGAAGAUUUACAGAAAGAGUUCUAGAGAUAUGGAAAAAUCAAGGAUAUUGAUUUACGAAGCACACAUGCCUUUAUUGAGUUUGAAGGUCGUGAUGAUGCUAAGAAAGCAAUAUCAUAAAUGGAUGGCAAACGAAUUGGUGGUGAUCGUAUCACUGUUAAAUCAAGAGGUAGGACGACUUUGAUAGAUUGAUGAUAAGAUAAUCGACAUUUAGGAGCAAAUGGACCAACAGCCAGAGAUGUGUGUUUCAAUUGUGGACGUAAAGGUCAUUGGGCGAAUGAUUGCAAAGAAGGUUGGUGAUAAAGUAGAGUUUAGGCGAUUUACGUGAUACAUGUUACAGAUGUUAUUAGAAGGGCCAUUUAAGAAAGGAUUGUCCAAAGUCAAGAACUCCAAGUGUUACAAGAAAGUAAUUUAUAUAUUCAAGAUCUUUAUUGAAGGUCAAGAAGAGAUACUAAAAAGAGAAGAUCAACAUCUUCUUCUAAGUCUUCAGAUUCAUCAUCGAGAUCUAGAAGAAGAAGUAGAAACCAAAGGAAAACUCGUCAUUAAAGAAGUGUGAGUCCUAAAUCAUCCAGUGAAAGUGCAAAUGUUUCUCAUUCAUCAAGAAGUUCAAGGUAUUUUACUUAAUUAUAAUAGCUAAAAUGGUUGA